CUGGCAACAAUUGAUCUUCAUAUUUGUGGUUCUCGGGAAGGAUCAGAAUUAAAAAGCCUUGUGGUUGCGCAAAUCUGCUGACCACAAAGACUUUUUACCGAGUAAUAAGCUGAGCGCGCAAGUGUUGUACGACUUCAACGACGAACCAAGGACACCUGAACGUCUUCUUGGAGACAAGAUAAACUGUAUCACUGUUGUUGCUCUUCAAAUCAUUUGUAUCUUUUUUCUUUUCUUUUAUUUCUCACCACCACUACCCGCCAUCACCACCCCUGUCCCUCCGGAAACACUCCCACCUUCGUUUCCAAUGCAUCCCAGUGGUGCUUCAGAUGUUCCCAGCUCCACGGAUGGCGCAGGUGGAAGUGGUGGAGGCGACACCCCGCGAGGGUGUCGUGCAGGUAGUACGUGCCCCUUUGUCCAUGACCGCUCAAGGCUUGUGGCAUCAGGAAACGGACAGCCACAUGCGGAUCGUGGUCAGAUGCAAGAACGCCAUGCUCAAUCAUCCCGCGGCGGCAACGACAACAACAAUCAUCUCGAACCAACACGCGCGGGACAACCGUCUGGCGCCGAUCAAGUCAAAGAACCGAAAUCCCGCUCCCAAGGCCGUCGAUACCUACCGGGGCCAGUGGAUGCUUCACGAGUUGUCCAGAAGCCUGUUUCUACUGCGCAAAAGCAUGAUCCAAGGCAGUUUGAAAUUCAGCAAUUACGUCGACGGUACUCGCCAGAGGAGUCAUCUACCAAUGGCGCAACAGCGUUUCACAUUAACAUGGCCCCAUCGGAUCCGGAUUUUCCAUUCGACAUUGAGGCGUUGGAAUGCAUCUUGCAUGUCCCGUCCGGUUAUCCCGCUGCUGGCAGCAUGCCUUCUCUCAGAGUGAUGAACAAAGAGAUGGGCAGAGGCUAUCAAAUCAAUGUCGAGAAAGGCUUUGAUGAAUUAGCCGCGAAAACGCCAAGGCUGACGCUCUUGGGACUGAUGAAUGCCCUAGACAGACGCCUGGAAGAUCUUUUGACUGGCGAAAAAGCUGCGACUAUCAAACUAAUUCCUAAUGUUCGCUCUGGCAGCGAGCAGAAUCCAUCUCCUGCAAAGGCUCCGGCCCCAGCACCUCAAGCAGUUCCAGCGCAGCAAGCGCCAGCUGCUGCCCCUCUGUCAGCUCAGAAACCUGCAACGGUCAAGGCGCGUCCCGCAGCAGUGAGCCCGGCACAGGAGGCGCAAGCUCGGCAGAAGCGCGAAAUGGAGACUCGUCAGUUGGAAGCUCGGCUGGGCAGGCUUCCCAUGUUUUCCAAAUCUCCAGAUGGAUUAAGCUAUAGCAUUCCAAUCGAGCCGCGCAAGCGGGGCGAUCUGCCUGUGCCUCUGCAGUCUAUCAAGUCUGUGCGGCUCAUCGUGCCUGCACGUUACAAUGUGGAGCCUUGCACGGUGGAAUUGUUAGGCGUCAACCCAGAUGCUGCUGAAAAUACUGUCAAGGCGUUUGAAAAGAGAGCAGCUGAAAACCCAGAUGUCAAUUUGCUUGGACAUAUUAACUAUCUGUCGCAAAAUAUGCAUACAAUGGCAACAACGCCUUUACAUGAGGAAAAGGCGGCAGAAGUCAGUAUUGACAUGUCUGCACUAACAAUUGCAGAGCCUCAGACCGUGUCCGAUGCACCUCCGUCGAAUGUUGAACAGGAGACGGACAAGAGCCAUGUCAAGGUCAUUCCACGGCCACCAGAGUGGGACACCAGAGAUGAAUCAGACGAGUAUUCAGACAGCGACUUCGCCAGCAGCGAUUCUGCGGAUGAAGAAGCAGAGGAGGGAUCAGAGGAGAAGGUCGAGCCUCAGACCGAGUCUUCAUCUGCACCUGCGAGCAAUGCAGAAUCUGGAAUUCUGCUCUCAUUCCCGUACCUUGAACUCUACGGUGUUGAAUUACUCGAGUUGACCAUCUUGAGUCUUACUGUAAAAUGCGACCGAUGCAAAGAUCUAACAGAUAUUACCAAUCUUCGAGACAACUCCAAACGGGACGCAUCUGGCCUGCGCACCGAAUAUUGCAAGAAAUGCGCCAAAGCAUUUAGCAUAGGAUUUCGUAAAGAAUUGAUGCAUGCAAACUCUGUUCGAGCAGGUUACCUCGACUGCGACGGUUGCAUCGUUGCUGAUCUUCUUCCAAGCACUUUUGUCCCAACGUGUGCGGAGUGCUCGAGCGCGUACACUGCCGGAGUUGUUGCCGUGCGAGGCGACUCAGCUAUGGCGAUCUGCAGGGAAUGUCACCGCAAAAUGUCAUUCAAAAUGCCGGAGAUUAGGCUGCUAAGGAUAAGCGCUGCUGCUGUUCGCGCCAGUCAGGCUCCACCCCGGAAAAAGAUCAAAGAGAACCUCGGAAUCAUCGCGGGACAAGAGUUGCCCCGGCGCGGACGGUGCAAACACUAUGGAAAGAGCUACCGAUGGUUCCGAUUCGGCUGUUGUGCGAAAGUGUUUGCAUGUGACAGAUGUCACGAUGAAGCGAGCGACCACCCCAACGAACACGCCAACCGGAUGAUAUGUGGCUUUUGUUCUCGUGAACAAAAUUAUCGACCAGAGGACUGCGUGGCUUGCCAUAAAGUGUUAACGGGCAAGACAUCUAGUGGAUUCUGGGAAGGCGGUAAAGUUGUGGGAGUAGCCGCACUUUCCCCACUAAGCCAGUCCGGGCUUAGCCCGCAUCACCCCGGACAUAUGUCCGCUCGUCUCAUGUCUCUUUUCCCACCUGCCUUAUCUCCCGCCCUCCGUGCUGCAUUCAUGCAUUUAAGGUUUACUGGUGUACUGCUGAGCCGCACAUGUGCUAACCCUUCCGCGUGACUUUCUUCCUCUAGGC